GGGGAGAGGGAUUGAGUUUCUUACUACUUACUUUACUACUGCACACAUACUAUAUUCUACAUUAGGGCUGCAUCUAGAGCUACUACAAACCCUGUUUUGUAACUGAUAUUCUCGAAUCCAUUGCGUUUGCUAGCUUGAGAGAUUGGUCGCAAGUGUUACCUCUGCUCUCGUUGCAUCUGCGAAAAUGACGAGCUUCAUUUCAAACAUCAUCUGGAAUUCUGUCGAGGGGUUUGUGGAUGCGGGGAAGAAAUCGGUGGGGGAAUUUGGUGGGAAUGCGUUGAUUAAAGCUGGGGAUAUGAUUGAGAAUAGCGGUAGAAGUAUAGGAACCGGCAUAGAAAAAAAGGCAACUGGCUAUGGCACUGCCAUCACAGGCCAGUCUUAUAAGCCUUCAGCAAAGGCCCUGCCCUCGACUGCCCGUAAACCCGCAAUGAAGCGCUCGAAUUCCACGCCUGUGAAUGUCAAACCACCGACAAGCGGAUUACCCUUGGGCGCGAAGAAGUAUCCCGGCGGUAAUCAAGUAAAAGGAGCUGUAGGCGGGGCUAAGAAGACGGCAGGAGGAGCCAACAAAGCCAUUGGCGGAGUCACAGGCACCGCAUCCAGAGCAACCGGAGGCGUCGUGGGUCGUGCAAACAGCACAAUCGGCACACUUUCAUCCACAGCAACAAAAGGCCCGGGCAGCGUCGUGGGGGGUGGACGUAAAGCGCUCGGCGGAGCUACCAAAUCCAUCCCCCCAUUCAAGGGUUCAGGUGCAACAUCUGCUGCUCCGAAUACCGGCAUCCCUAAGCCAGCAUAUCCUACCGAGAAGAAGACAGCCGUGAAGCCAGGCCAACCGAAGCCGUUUACACCGCCGGUUGAACAAAAGAAACCAGAUCCGAAGAAACCUUAUCCAGGAACGAAUACAUUGCCAGGACAAAGCCGGACUCCGGUGCAGCAGCACAAAUAUAAGCCUUUACCCAGGCUGGGUCCGCAAGUUGGUCAGGGGCAAAUCAUGCAGCAUAUUUCCAUCUGA